CUUAGGGAAUGGGAGAUAUUAGGCAUGAGAUGAAAUGAGCGAGGGAAGAGACCAGGAGGAAGCAGUAGGAUGAGCGCUGGAUACAUAAAAGGGGGAUUUUUUCCCCCUUGCAGGCGCCCCAUCCUACCUUACCAACAGAGAACUGUGACUAGCUACUAGAGGCCGCACUGGAAACAAAAAUGAGCUUUCUUCAGACUUUCACAGCCUGCUGAGUUACAUGGAAGGCGAAGCCACAGUUGCAGCCACUAGUGGGGAUGAGGCUCCGGCUCGCCCCGCCCUUCACGGGGUCCUCGCACCCGCCGCUCCGCUCCGCCCCUUCGCUCCUCCCUGUCCCCAGCCGCGAGCAGUGGAUGGGCCCGGCCUACGUCUGUACCUGAGCCGCCGCUGCGGUGUUUCUGGCCUAGCGGGGCCGCGCCGCAUCUGCCUUCGCCCCGCCGCCAUGGAGGAGGACAUGGAGCUGGAGAGAAAGGCAGUAGAAGAGCUGCUUAAAGAGGCAAAGCGUGGGAAAACCAGAGCUGAAACAAUGGGAGCUAUGGGUUGGAUGAAGUGCCCUCUUGCAGGUACAAAUAAAAGAUUUCUUAUUAAUACUAUUAAGAACACGUUACCCUCCCAAAAAGAGCAAGACCAAGAACAUGAACAGGAGGAGGACAGUAAACCGCCUGAGCCAAGUGAGAGCAGGAAAGAAGAAAAACCAAAGAAACAUAGAACUUAUCCUUACACACCCAGCUUUCAGGCCAGAAGAAGAGUCAGCUAUUCUCCUCCUAGGUACCGGAACAGGAGCCGGCACACAAAGGAUAAGUACGAAAAGUGACCAAGCAAACCGAGAAGGUGAUGAAUAUGUGCUGUUAUAAGCCAAGAAUGUAAUUAAACCUUGAACUGUGGGGAUGUUUAUUAGUCUUUAAGAAGAAGAUCUUGUUCAAUACAGAUCUCUUAGCUUUUGUGAGAAAUAAUCUUGGAGUGGUUUUAUAGGACUUUAUUUGCGGCUCCUUAAGAGAAAAUAAAGUACAACAUUAAUUUGUUGAUUAGUUUAGAACUACGUACUUCUCCCUUUUUCUCCCCAUCCCUAAUUAAACUUAGGGACUUGCUCUCAGUGGGUGUUGCAAGUUAAUAUAUUUCAUUGUUCAGUAUGACUUUUAGUCAGUUUACUUUUUUGGAAUUUAAUGUAAGCAAAUGUGUAUUUACAUGCAAAAUUAAUGGUAACUUUAAUGCUAAACUCCGUUAAAAAACGUCAUUUGUGUUGAUGUUAAUUUUUCAGGAUAGAUCAGAUCGGAAGAAAGGAAGACUUGAGCACUCCUAGCCCACAUGUACACUUUCUGUAGCUUGUAAGAGGUCAAUAUCUAUCUACUGAGAGAACUGCUGACUUCUAUAGAUACUUUGUUUAGUGUUAAGAUCAAAUUUAAAAUGGGCAAUGUUAGCUUUAAUACCUAGGAGGAAUUAUCUGUAAUAUGUAAUAUGGUUCACCUGUUCGCAUGUGUUCUACAAACUGAUCAGAAGGGAUGACAAACAGCAGUAAUAAACUACAGAUGCAAUACUUCUGUCUGUAUUUAGACUUCCUUCUUCAGAGGAAGUAGUGUGAAAAACAUAGAGACAGUGCUUUGAAACAACCUCAGCAGCUAACAUCACCAUGUCUCUAUCCAGGCCUGUGAAUUUUACAGUUAGAUAUAAUACCAGAGCCACAGAGCAAGGAUUAAAAAAAUGUUUUCUAACCACUGAUGUAAUAACUUUCAAUGCCUGUAUGACAAUUUUGUAGUGGUAAAAUUCUAAAAUUCAUAAAUGUAAUUACACAUCAGUAUACUCUGUAUGUCUUUAUUCUCUGUGUUCUGAUUACUUGUUUUGUGAAGCAUUUGGGAUUUAAAUAUCCUCAGACAUAACUAUUUGAAUGAGCAUAUGGCUUAGUUUUUGUUUCAAGUGAGUUGAGAAUAAAUCUGAAACCUGUUAACUGAG